AUGGAGCCAGAGAAGUUAUUCAAGUAUCCACAUUCAUUAGAUAUGUACAACCAACUUGCUGCUUUAUGCAAGGACGAGGGCUCAAAAGUGUAUUGGAAGUGGUUCUUAGCUUUGAGUGAAGUCCCAAGACGCUCUGGUAAUAGACUUCCCCCUUCUGAAUGGCUCAUUUCUAUCAUCAAAAUGCAAGGCCUCGAGUACAAAGUCGAUAAAGAAAGAAACAUCGUCUGUUAUGUCCCCGCUUCAAAGGGAUUUGAGGAGAAACCAUCCAUUUGCAUUCAAGGCCAUUACGAUAUGGUAGGGACUGUCGCUGCUGGUGUUGAGCAUGACUUUGAUAAGGAUCCAAUUAAGAUGAAACUUGAGGGCAACAUUUUGUCUGCACAAGGAACAACACUUGGUGGUGAUGAUGGGACUGGUGUAGCAUGUGGCCUUGCUUACAUUGAAUUACGUGACAAAUUCCAACACCCAGCUCUCGAGUGUUUGUUCACAGCUGACGAAGAAAUUGGAUGUCUUGGAGCUUCUGGAUUAGUUACUGGUGAGAUGUUGACAGACAAAUGCAAGUACUUAAUUAACGUCGAUUCUGAGGAUUGGGGUGAAGUCACUAUUUCCUCUGCAGGAACCGCUUUCAGAGUUGGAUCUGUCCCAGUUAAAUAUCAAGAAGUCCCAGCUGGGUUCAAAGGUAUUGAAAUUACUAUUGAGAAGUUCAGAGGUGGACACUCUGGUGUUGAUAUUCAGCAUCAAAGAGCUAAUGCUUUGAAAUGGGUCACCGAUGUGAUCAUCCACGCCCAAAGUUUGUUGAGAGUCAAUGGAAAUCAAUACCACAUCGUCUCCUUCCAGGCCGGACACGCUCACAACGCCAUUCCAUCACAUGCCAAAGUUACUAUUGCUGUCAAGGAAUGCAUUGCUGACAAAGUCAUUGAGGAAAUUAAAGCAAACCACGAGGCAUUGACUACUCUUUCUCUUGGCACUCAACCUAAUAAGCCCGAGUUAGUGAUGAAGAAGGUCGACAUCGCUGCGGGAACUCAAGUCUUGAACUACGUCUCCACUUGCAACUGCUUACAAUUGAUUGAAAAGCUCCCACAUGGUGUAGUUAAAUUCUCCAAUGAUGUUGAGGGCUUGGUUGAAACCAGUCAAUCCGUUGCUAUUGGUAAAUUAGAUGGCGACUUUUUCAAAGUCACCAUCUUCGCACGUUCAAGCAAAGAUGAAGACAUGUUAGACUUGGUGAAGGCCGAUGGCUUGAUUUUCAAAUGCCACGGUGCUACUAUGGUUAAAGCCGUUGAUGACGCUUGUGGAUGGCCAGCUGAUCCAAAUUCACAUUUGCUUGCUACACUUAAGGAUUGCUACCACAAGAUGUUUGGUGGUGAAAUGAAGACAGUUGCAAUCCACGCCGGUCUUGAAAAUUCAAUCAUUAUGGAGAAGUACAAGGGUCUCAACUUACAGUCUGUUUCUCUUGGACCAUCUGUCAUUGAUGUUCACACGGACAAGGAGCAUGUCUUCGUCGAUACUGCUUCUAAGCUUUAUGCUUUAGUGAUCGAUGUUAUGGAGAAGAUCUAA